CUCCUCCGCGCAAAAAGGCGUCCUUUUCCCUUCCCAACGACUUCGAAAGAAAAAAAAAAAAAGAUUCUCGCAUUGAUCUUGUUUACUCGUGAAGUCGUGUAUGGUAUUAUUGUUUGUACUACUCCUCUAUAUAUAUAUAACGCGAGCUCGUGUUCUCUCCCUCGCAUUGUGCGAAAAGCCUACUGAGAGAGAGAGAGAGCGAUCGAGCGAGCUUUAGAAGCAGAGGAGGGGGGGAGGAUCAUGGAGGCAGGAGGAAACGGAGUGGGAGAGGAGCCGCAGAAGAAGAUGAAGCUUAUGGAAGAAGAAGAAGAACCAGCAGCAGCGGCGGCGGGGACGGAGUCGCCUCGUCCCGACCCCGAAUCGUACGCCAGAAGCUACCAGCUGGAGGCGCUGGAGCGGGCGGUGCGGCAGAACACGAUCGUGUUCCUGGAGACGGGGUCCGGCAAGACGCUCAUCGCCGUGAUGCUGCUCCGCGCCUACGCCCACGCCAUCCGCAAGCCCUCCCGCCGCAUCGCCAUCUUCCUCGUCCCCACCGUUGUCUUGGUCUCCCAGCAAGCAAGGGUGGUGGAGAUGCACACGGACUUGAAGGUUGGCAAGUUCUGGGGGGAGAUGGGGGUUGACUUCUGGAAUGCUGCCAUAUGGAAGGAAAAGCUUGAUCAGUAUGAGGUUUUUGUUAUGACUCCUCAGAUAUUGCUGGAUAAUCUGCGCCAUAGCUUUUUUAAGCUAGAUGAUAUAAAGCUAUUAAUAUUUGAUGAAUGCCAUCGAGCAAAAGGAAGAAGCCCUUAUGCUUGCAUAUUGACAGAGUUUUAUCAUCGACAUCUGAACUCAACGCCAGUAGAUCUUCCUAGAAUAUUUGGUAUGACUGCAUCUCCCAUUAAUUCAAAAGGGUCAGAUUCUGGGGUUGUCUACAGCAAGCAGAUUUUUGAACUUGAGACGCUUAUGGAUUCAAAGGUGUACACUGUUGCUAGUGAAUCUGAGUUGUCUCAAUACAUUCCAUUUUCUGCCGUGAAGAUAAAGCUGUACCAGCAUUGGGAUAUUCCAUCUGAUUUGUAUAUUCGUGUAACCAAACGUUUGGAAAAUUUGAAGCUCAAGCAUUUACAAGGCCUGGGAGAUGUAAUGCUUAGUUCUGCAGCUGAAGAAAGUGCAAGAAAGAGGAUCUCAAGGUUACAUGCCACAUUUAUAUACUGUCUGAGUCAUUUGGGUUUAUGGUUAGCAGCUAAGGCGGCUGAAUCAUUAUCACGUAAAGAAACUUAUCUUUUCUUUUGGGGCGAAAAGAAAGAUGAACUCGGUGAGAAUACUGUAAGAUUGUUUAGUCAAGCAGUGUUUGAAGUGCUCUCAGAGUAUGUGAGUAAAGAUAGGUGCAUUGGCGACGAUUUCAAAGCGGACAUUGCAGCUGGUCUCAUUACAACAAAAGUUCAUUGUCUUGUCCAAUCUCUGAUAGAGUACAGGACAGUGCACGACUUGAGAUGCAUUUUAUUCGUCGAAAGAGUAAUCACAGCCAUUGUUUUGCAGUCUCUCUUGUGCAAUAUUAGUCAACUAUCUGGAUGGGGUAUCCAGUACAUAGCUGGGAAUAAUUCUGGUUUGCAAUCACAGAGUAGGAAUGAACAGAUGAAAAUUGUUGAUGCAUUUCGGAGCGCAAAAGUUAACAUAAUUGUUGCCACCCAGGUUCUUGAGGAGGGUUUGGAUGUACCAAGUUGUAAAUUGGUAGUGCGUUUUGACCCAUCAACAACAGUAUGCAGUUUUAUACAGUCGCGGGGUCGUGCUAGAAUGCGAAACUCCGAUUAUCUGUUGAUAGUAGACCGGUCGUAUCUAUCGUGGCCUAUCGUGCCAACAAGAUAUUGGCAUGAUACAACCCCCGUACCGAUGGCACAACUCAAAACCCCCUAUUUUUCAAAUAAUGCUGACUCAGCUAACCUUUCCAAGCUGGCGAGCUUCCUUAAGAGUGGGGAUAUAAUGAGAGAGGAAUCUCUAAAAUUGGCAGCCACUCGGUGCAAACCUUUGGAUACUCCUAUGUUUAAAGAAGAAUAUUAUCGUGUUAAGACUACUGGAGCGAUUGUGACUUUGAGUUCCAGUGUGGCUUUGAUAUACUUUUACUGCGCUAAGCUCCCCUCAGAUGGAUAUUUUAAACCUUCCCCGAGGUUUGUUAUUGAAGAGUCUGGUGUCUGUACCUUGUAUCUUCCAAAGGGCUGUCCAAUAGAAACUAUUCAUGCAGAGGGUGAAAGAAACCUACUGAAGCAGAUUGUAUGUCUUGAGGCCUGCAAGAAACUGCACGAAAUAGGUGCUUUGACUGAUUACCUCUUACCAGAAUGUGUUGUUCAAUCGGACGAUGGUGAUCAAGAUACUGCUAUUGAAUCAUAUAGAGAUGAUCAACCUGAUUAUUUCCCGGGAGAGCUGAUUGAUUCAUGGUUUGCGUUUUUGGGUCUUGGGUUGUACCAUUGCUACAAGAUUAUGUUUGACCAAUCUUCUUGCGUUGAUGCUGCUUUCCGUGACAUGAUCCUAGUCGUAAAAUCUGAUUUGGGAUCCGAUUUUGUGAAUACGUCAUUUAACUUGGAGGGUAUAAGGGAUUCCUUGACUGUAAAUUUGAAGUACAUAGGAGUUAUCCAUCUUAGUCGUGAGCAGGUUACUAUGGCGAAAAGGUUUCAGACCACUGUCCUUAGUGUGCUUAUUCACCACGAUGUUGCCAAACUCAACAAUAUAUCAGAUUGUCUGCCCAAAGAACUACCUUCUACAGAAGUUGUGUAUCUACUCCUACCUUUGAUUGCAGGGAAAGUUGAUUGGCCUUGCAUCAAGUCAGCAGUCUUUUCUGCAGGUACUGUUGGAUCUCAGGAUACCAUGUCCUGCUGUUGUCGCAUUGGAGUUGCUCGUUUCGUACAAACAAUAGAUGGUCAUAUGUGCAGUUGCCAGCUUCAAAACUCUCUGGUUUACACACCUCACAAUCACCAUUUUUAUUGUGUCACCGGAAUCCUUAAUGACUUGAAUGCGAAUUCACACUUAAAGUUGAAAUGUGGAGAUGUUCUUACCUACAAAAAUUACUACAAAACUAGGCAUCAUCUAGACUUGAUUUGUGACUGGGAACCUCUUCUUGCCGGUAGACAACUGUUAAAAGUGCAGAAUUUCCACCUUAGGCGGCCUUUCCGAAAGGAAAAAGAAUCUAGUGGUGUAAACAUUGAAUUGCCGCCUGAACUCUGCAGAGUAAUCUUGCCUGCCAUAUCAGUUGAUACUUUGUGCUCCUUUUCCUUUGCUCCAUCAAUCAUGCACCGCAUUCAGUGCAUGCUUCUUGCUUCCAGACUGAAGAAGAUCCUUUUGGACCACUGUGUGGAAAAUGUUAACAUUCCAGCUAUCAAGUUAUUGGAAGCAUUGACCACUAAGAAAUGCCGAGAAGAAUAUUCAUUGGAAUCAUUAGAAGCACUUGGAGACUCCUUUUUAAAAUAUGCCUCAAGUCACUAUCUUUUUCAAAAAUAUCAGCAUCAUCAUGAGGGUAUUCUCAGCGCUAAGAAGGACAAAAUAAUAUCCAAUGCUGCUCUCUGUCGGGUAGGAUGUGCCCAUGAUCUUCCGGGUUACAUACGUGAUGAAGAGUUCAAUCCGAAGAAGUGGGUUAUUCCUGGUUUUCAUUAUGAUUCUAAUGAUGGAAGCAAAAUGUCCUCCUCAAAUUCCAAAUAUAUAUAUAUUAGGCAAAGGAGGUCCAUCAAAAGUAAGAGAGUUGCUGAUUCGGUUGAGGCACUUAUAGGGGCAUACCUUAGUACUGCUGGUGAAUCAGCAGCACUCAUUUUUAUGAAAUCGAUAGGAAUGGAAAUAGAGUUUCACAAGCAAAUGGUGGUUGAAAAGCCAGUAUUAGCGAAUCCUGAGAUGCUCAUUAAUGUGAAACAAUUGGAGGGAUUGCUAAAUUAUAAAUUCAACGAUCCCUCACUGUUGGUUGAAGCAUUGACGCAUGGUUCAUAUCAGGUGCCAGAUAUUCCCAGAUGCUACCAGCGGCUUGAGUUUCUUGGGGAUGCAGUGCUCGACCAUCUCUCCACUGUUUAUUUGUUCUAUAAAUAUCCGGGAAUAAGUCCGGGACUAUUGACUGACCUUAGGUCCGCUUCUGUCAACAACGAUUGCUAUGCACAUGCAGCUGUCAAGGCAGGCUUGCACAAGCACAUUCGUCACGCGUCAUCGGCAUUGCACAGACAAAUGACGUUCUACCUCGAAAAUUUUGGACAACCUUCUUCAGGUUCGUCGUAUGGGUGGGAAUCUGGUGUUGCCCUUCCUAAGGUUCUUGGGGAUGUUAUUGAAUCACUUGCUGGAGCUAUUUAUGUUGAUUCUGGAUGUAACAAAGAAACUGUGUGGACAAGUAUCAAAUUACUACUGGAACCUAUAGUUACCCCUGAAACGAUUGAAUAUCAUCCUGUUAGAGAACUGAAUGAGCUGUGCUCCCGCAAAUCCUACAAGAAGUCAUACAGAGUGACACAUCAGAAUGGUGUAGCAUCCAUAGUUGCAGAGGUGCAAGCCGAUGGGAGUAGCUAUACAGCAACACGAACGGGGCCUAACAAGAAAACGGCAAAAAAACUAGCAGCUAAGGCUGUGCUACAGUCCCUUAAGGCGGGCACUUCUCAAACCACGAAGGAUGUCAAUAUAGAAGCGCAUCUAAGUUGCAUGUGAAAUGGGAAACAACAUCUUCACUUGGAUUAGUACACAUAACAAAACUGAGCAUGUUGCACACUCAGAGGUGGCACUUUGGGAAGUGAUCAGUUUUUGUUACUGAUUGCCAACUACUCGAAAACCCUUGUAGAGAAUGGGGUGCAGAUCUCGACUAAUGCAACAUUGUAGAUAAGGGCACUGUUUUUGCAAAUUACGAUAGAAGGAGAUGUGACUGAGAUUAAUUUAAGGAUAAUUGGCAGAGAAAUUUCGAAUGGCAUAAUUCAUGAACGAUGGUUUUGGCAGUCGACCGCGCUUGCAUUGUGGAGCUUUGGUAAUUGGCACAUGCGCAAGUAUUAAGUGUUUUGGUCUUUUUCCUCCUCAGCAUGCUGUUGCGCCUCUGCAGAUCCUGUAGCUUGUUUGCCGAAAUUGUUGACAAAAGCUUUUGGCUUAUAAACUAUAGGGUUUGGGGUUUAGGGUUUGGGGUUUAGGGGAUUAUGUAACUAUUUAUUGUCUUUUGGCUUGUGAAUUCUGUAUGUACCUAUGCAUUUGAUAAUAUGUAUCCCUCCCACCUUUUUUUUUUUU